AUGCAAAGUUUUCGUGUCACGAAAACCGUGCUCCUUCUGCUAAAGCUACUGGUUCAGUCUAAAGUGAAGAGGGUCUUCUAUUUGCCGAUAGAGCCCGAGUAUUUUAAGAGAGCAAAUGAUGAAGAUUUUGAUGUUGAAAUGUCGCGCGUCGAUGAACUAUUUAAAGUGAGUUCGAUCGCCCAGUCAGUGUUUGUUCCAAGAGCAGGAAAAGACGUUAUUGAUGUUGCUGAAAGGAAACACCAAACAGAAACAAGCCAAAGAACCACCGAACAACGAAAUCUCUUAAACAAGUACUGGCAUGUUGAAUGGUUUGAGACUGAAGACGACCAAGGCAAUAUUUGUCAAGGGAGACUUCCAUGGCGAACUUUCAACUGCGAAAUGAGGGAGCAGGUUAAAAAAGAUUUUGAAAGCAUCACUGAAUGGAUGGCUCAUGCCCUUAUCAAAUCAAAGUUACCAAGAGACGCGUCGUCUGAAGUCUUUCGACGCAGGCAAGACAUUCACUUAAUGAAACUGGCAUUCUUCCUAGCUGAGCGAACAGAUGAUCCAAAGAGAGGAGUUGGAGCAGUAAUAGUGAACAAAGAUAAGGAUAUUGUGGGCCUUGGUUGGAACGGAUUUCCGACGAAGUCGCUUUAUGGAGAGUUUCCAAGAGCCGCCUACAACGAAAACACAUCCCGAGGGGAUAACGACGCACACUAUCAGGAUCAGAAGUAUCCGUAUAUCAUCCACGCUGUACAGAACGCGCUACUGAUGCGAAACACCAAAAGCAUCCAGGAUGCGACUCUGGUUGUAACGAUGACGCCAUGCGAUGACUGCACUCCUCUGACUGAUAUGCAAGGGAUCAAAAGAGUUGUAUUCGGAGAAAGGAUUCGAAGUGAUUCAAGCCGGCCACUGAUUAAAUUUACAAAGUUUCGAAAGAGGGUAGAUGAUAGAGAUAAUCCGAUUGAGUGCCUUGAACUAAAAUAA